UCGCUGCUCGGUGCUGGCUGCGCGGGCCGGGCGGCCUGGCUGCGGGCGCGGCGCGGGGCGCGGAAUGGCGCAGGGGCGCCCGGGGGCCUGGGCGCUGCCGCCGCUGCUGCUGCUGCUCUGGGGCCCCGCCGCCUGCAGCGCCAGCCCGGCGGACGACGGCGCGGGCCCGGGAGGCCGGGGAGCCCGGGGCCGCGCGCGGGGGGCGGCGGGCAGCGACCAGGCGGGGCCGCGCCACGACUCCUCCUACGGCACCUUCGCCGGCGAGUUCUACGACCUGCGCUACCUGUCGGAGGAGGGUUACCCUUUCCCCACCGCGCCGCCUGUGGACCCGUUUGCCAGAAUCAAGGUGGAUGACUGCGGAAGGACGAAGGGCUGCUUUAGGUACGGCAAGCCGGGCUGCGACGCAGACACCUGUGACUACUUCCUCAGCUACCGGAUAAUAGGGGCCGACGUGGAGUUUGAGCUGAGCGCAGACACUGACGGCUGGGUGGCUGUUGGGUUCUCUUCGGACAAGAAGAUGGGCGGCGACGAUGUCAUGGCCUGUGUCCAUGAUGACAAUGGCCGAGUCCGCAUCCAGCACUUCUAUAAUGUGGGCCAGUGGGCCAAGGAGAUCCAGAGGAAUCCCGCCAGAGACGAAGAAGGACUAUACGAGAACAAUCGGGUCACAUGCAGAUUCAAGCGCCCCGUGAAUGUCCCCAGAGAUGAGACCAUUGUGGAUCUGCACUUGAGUUGGUAUUACCUUUUUGCCUGGGGUCCGGCCAUUCAAGGCUCUAUCACUCGACAUGAUAUGGACUCGCCACCGACUUCAGAGCGGGUUGUCAGUAUUUACAAGUAUGAAGACAUUUUCAUGCCGUCGGCCGCCUACCAGACCUUCUCCUCUCCAUUCUGCCUGCUUCUCAUUGUCGCCCUGACUUUCUACUUACUAAUGGGGACCCCUUAGCCACGGCUGCCAAGUCACAACAUCACGAGGAUCCCAGACACCAGUACAUGCAGAUAUUUGACUCGUCUUGGUUUUGUCACUGGACAUUCGCUGCUGGGCACAUGCGGUGUAUUGCCUCCUUCUGGACAGUCGUGAUUCUCGAGGGUCAUGGGGGGGGGUUGUACUACAGUGGUUGUGACUGUCCUCAGGUCACUAGUUCAGAUGCCCUUUCAUCACAGAGAACGAAUGUCCUGUCUGCCUCAAGAGUGUGGGCACCUCUCCACUUGCCUUAUCCCACAACUGCGCCAACAUGACAUGCUGGGACAGUCUGACUCCGGGUGCAUGGGCCUACUUGCCUGGCUGUCUGCAAAAUACUCUUCUGUAUAAACUAUGCCUUGAGACAAACAUUAGUAGGUUACGUUUGUUUCCUAAUAAUUGUGUUACUAAUUGUGUAUCUGGCUGUGACUGAUUUUGAGAUUCAUGUAUAUUUCUAAGACUGUCUGAUGUGAAUUUUUAUCCUAAGCUGUGUGGUACCUUACUACUGAAGACAAGGAUUCCUACUCCCUGAAGCAGUUGUAGCGGUUGUAGCGGUCUCCCUCCCAGAUGUUCCUGACUGAGUGUCGGACCCAUGUGCCACCACAGACACCUUAGAGGGUUAGGUGAUCAUUAGAAUCUAGUCACCAGGUUUAAAUAAACAUCACGAUAUGAAUCCAAUUUGUCUGAAAUCCUUCCUGUUGAUGUGAUUAAAGUUAGUUUGUAAUCCCG